AUGGCUAUUAGGUUAAAGAAGCAGUUCAAGUGUCUUGUGGCUGGGCAGGAGUUCAUCAACAUCAGACUGAGACUGAGUUACGAGGGAUGUCGCAACAGAGAGUACUACAAAAUAAUCUGUUCCUAUCAGGUGCCCGAAAGAUUUGACAAGAAGCGACCGAGACACAGACCAAUGGAGGUGUUGGAGGAGCUGGGCUGGAUGGACUAUCUGGCAAAUGCACAAGGUCACCGACUGUUUGCUUUAGAUGUCAGCCGGAUAAAGCACUGGCUGGCACUGGGAGUAUACCCAACGAAACCGGUGGCUAUGGCAUUAGGUCUGGCAGGGAUAUUGCCAGUACACCCAGAGUCUUACUUAAUUGCAGCCAGGAAUAGAGAUGAAAUCAAGAAACUGAAAGACGAAGAAUCUGAAAUUCCAAUUUUGAUUGAGCCUGGCUAUGACAAGCAGUAUUUCACUUCAGCUCUGGAUGUUGCAUUGAAAGCGAAAAACCUUGGCGAUAUGUGGAAAUAUUGA